AUGCUUCUCACCACUUUGAACAGACUUCUCACUCUCCUGCUGUUGGCGGGAACCACCUUGGUGUUACUUUUCAUCGUUUUCUCUGGUUCUGUGUCCUCGUUCCCUUUCAACCAAUUUUACUGGGUCCAGGCUCAGACGUCCCAAAUUAGCAAUGCUGGCGACGUUUCCAGAUGGACUUUCUGGGGUAUUUGCAACCCUUCCAACUACGACUCGCACUCUAACGGUAAGUGCGGUGCCUUGGGCCCUGACCAGCCCCUGUCUCCAUAUGACAACUUUGGUAACUCCACUUCCUUGCCCCAAGACUUUGUGAGCAAUAGAGAUACCUACUACUACCUGUCCCGGUUCUCGUUCCCACUGAUUUUGGUGGCUCUCGUGUUUGCCGGAGUGAGUUUCAUCUGUUUGCUGUUCCAAUUCUGCUGGAAAGCCCUGAAGCAGGUUGUUGUCUUCUUUGUGUCUCUCAGUUUGAUCACCUGUGCGGCCGGUGUGGCUUGUCAAACCGCUGUUUCUGUGAUGGUGAGAAACAAGUUCCACGACGCCGGAAUCAGAGCCAAGGUGGGUCCUUCCAUGCUCGGUAUGGCUUGGGCUGCCUUCACUGCUCUGUUGAUCGUCUUCUUCCUCACCUGUUGCAGCUCGCUCCACAAAGCUUACAAGGUCCACCAAGAACACCGGGCACUGGUCGCUCCGCAACCACCUGCCACGUCUGCCCCAGUCUCCCAGCCAACAGAUGAGACCAACCAAGGAACCCUGCCUUCCAACGAGGGCGGAAUCAGAUUCUUCAAGAUCAAAAGAACUCAAAAGGCUACCGACGAGGAGUCCUUGUAA